UCCCAGCGGGGGCACGGCGAGUUUACAACUAAAAGGGCGAGGAGGAGACCACGGCUGAGAAAGUCGUCCCAGGUUUCCUACAGGAGCCCCUCGGUGACGCCUCAUUGGUGGAGAUGCCGGCCGAGGAAGAACGGGAAAAACUGUCCCACGUCAUCAGACAGUGGAACCACAACAGACUGGACUUGUUUGAGAUAAGCCAACCGGACAAGAACCUGGUGUUUCACGGAGUGAUGCGCUUCUACCUUGAAGAUCCCUCCGGAGGGAACGUGGCCACCAAGUGCCUUCGUUUUUGCAGCAACGCCUCCACCCGUGAGGUAGUCCAAGCUCUCUGGGAGAAGUUCCGGCCUGAUCUGAAAAUGCUGAGUGACGGCUACUGUCUCUACGAGAUACACGCCGAUACAGAACGUAAACUGGGCCUGGAUGAAAGACCUUUGGAGGUUCAGCUGAACUGGAACUCUGACAACAGAGAAGGACGUUUCGUGCUCAAGCAGAGCAAGGAGAGCAACCAUAAUAAAGAGAAGGGGGGCAUGAUCCAGACCUUCAAGAGGACUCUGUCAAGAAAAGAGAAGCAGAAAAAGAAAGUGCCUGACGGGCCUGCGGAGGACGGGUCCAAUGGAAACCCAGCAAACGGUGGACCAGAAGGACCAGAAGAAUCUGCAGUAAAUAAAUGGAAGGGAGAUGCUCCUGCCAGAAAGAACACAGAAUGUCCUGAGCCAGCCUUCGUCAACCAGCUGGGAUUACCACUUGGAAUUAUGAUCACUGACCACCUGGAGGAAGCCUUCCUGUCCGCGGUCAUCAACUACGCCAACAUCUCCACCGUUCACUUCAAGCUCUCGCCGGCGUACGCCCUGUACGCCGCGGGUCGCUCCGCACUGCAAGGCCCCGCUUCCUCAUCGCACAAUGUGACCUCCAUCGCCGACAAAAUGGCUGCCAUGACCGGCAAGAUUAUCCAGGCAAGUGAACGAUGAGCGUCACACCGCUGCGUCCAGUCAUGUGACAUUGGAAAGAUCUUUCAGAGGCAGCGAGGCAUCGCCGGCGCUCUCGCCUUCUGGUUGGCCAACACGUCUGAGCUGCUGAACUUCUUCAGAAAUGACGCCGACCUCAGCGGGCUCACGCAGCAAAGUCAGCUGGACCUGUCCCACCUGGUGCACCAGGCUUACAGCCAGCUGAUUGGGUGUCUCCAAAGUGAGCUUGAGAAGCACCUGCCAAGGUUCUUCAUGGAUCCUGAGCAACACGGUCUUCUGCCUGCCGGGAUAGAGAUGGUCUUGAACACCUUGCUGAGCACCAUGUCGCUGCUACGCCGCUACCGGGUCAACCCCGCCCUCGCCAUUCAGCUCUUCUCCCAGCUCUUCCACUUCAUCAGCUCUUGGCUCUUCAACCGCCUCAUGAACCCCGACGCCGAUGUAGCCGCCCCUGGCGUGUGCUCACACUACUGGGGGGCGGCCCUCCGCCAGAGGCUGACGGGCAUCGAAGCCUGGGCGGAGAGGCAGGGCCUGGAGAUGGCUGCCGACUGCCACUUGGGCCACAUUAUCCAGGCAACCACGCUACUGACCAUGAAGAAGUACACGACGCAAGACGCCGCAGCGAUCCACAACACGUGCUUCAAGCUGAACUCACUGCAGAUGAAAGCCUUGCUAGCAGGGUACUUCUACGCCACCGAUGAGCCCGCCAUCCCCGCUGAUUUGAUCGAUGCCGUGGUGAUGGCCGCCAAGGCGUCUGCGGACCGAGAGAUUGAGCGAGAAGGACGAGACAUCGAGCUAGAGGAGAGCCUUCAUCUCCGCCUGCCCUUCCUGCUGCCGGAGGGAGGAUACUCCUGCUCCAACGUGAGAGGAACCCCUCCCGGCUUUCGGGAAUUUCUGGAACCCAUUUGCCACCGAGGUCUGUGCUGCUUCACCUCUCAGCACAACCCGCAAGGUGACUGGACUAUCUUCUUUACGGACACCACGACAUCCGCUGGACUUCCAGACACGGAAAGCCAGCAAGAGCCGGAGGGUCUAACGGUCACCCUGAGGAAGCCCCUAAACUGCAGCAUGGGGGUCAGCAUCGUGGCAGCCAAGGGGGCGGGCCAGGACCACCUUGGGAUUUACAUUAAAUCCGUAGUCGAGGGAGGACCGGCGGCCAUGAGCGGUCAGCUGACGGCGGGGGAUCAGCUGCUCAGCGUGGACGGACGCAGCCUGCUGGGCCUCAGCCAAGAGAGGGCGGCGGCCAUCAUGACACAAACUGGCCCUGCUGUCUCUUUAAAAGUUGCAAAGUUUGCCGCACGCCACCACGGUCUUGGGGCUCUGCUGUGUGGUCCCACCGCUGCCAGGAUUUCAGGGGAGGGUGGCAGCCACGUCACGGCCAACCGCGAUGCCGAGGAUCCAGGUCAACCGUGGAGUCGUCGGGGACGGGGCAGCAAAAUGGAGCAGAUCAUGCAGAAGAACCGUCAGUUUUAUCGCUCCAAUCCCAACAUGACCAAUUACGCCUCGGAGGAUGGAGAUGAUGGAGAUGUGCGCGGGAAUAAGUCUGCUGCUAAUCUUUGCACCCAUAUGCUCCGCAGGGAAUAUUUCACCCUCCCAGCCCCCAAAUCUCAGGACCAGAGCAGCCGACCCCAGCAAAUGUUCCAAGUGUGCUUGAGGCCUUUAGGAGGACACAGCUCCGUUAUCAAAAGGACCUUCAUGUGUUGGCUAAUAAGAAAAACUAUUGCAAGCUGCAAAUGGCCCCUGGGCCUCCUUUUGGACACCCCUGCACGAACCAAAGCACGUCCAGCUCUCUCACAGGAGAACUUGUGUGUGGACACAGGAGGCCCCCUGCUGGACACAAGUCAGAACCGGAGUGCAAAGCUAAGCACGGAUUACCACCAUCACCUGCCGAUCCGCCCCGGCUUCUCCUCCCAAGACAUCUUCUCUGACAAACCCAGUGCGCACCAGGGCACCUGCGCCGGAGUGUGGAGAACUCCAUUUUCCCAACAAGCCACACCAACGCCUUCCAUCCAGCCUAUACGCAUAGACAUCCCUGUCACCAGGUCCCCCGGUGUCGGGGCCAAUCCUCCGCUCACCACAUUCCAGCAGAGCGCCAGUCAAACCCUCCGAGUGAACGGACACAUCCAGAACUCCACGCGUCCCACGGCUGCUGCUAAGAAUCUCCCUCUGUUAGCAAAACCCCAAGUGAGCAUCACCCCCACCAAGCACGUUUCCUUCCAAGAACCUCCCGCCCAACAGCAACCGACCGGGCCAGCAGACCUCCAGGAGCAUACACAGGCCAGGGAGAAGCUGAAGGAGAGACCGAGGUCACAAGAGCUGGAGCCCCUGGAGCAGGAGGCUAAAGAGGAGGAGACCCGACGACAUCGCAACCUGAGCCUGGAAUGGCGGUUUCAGAAGAGGCUGAGGGAGAUUCAGCAACGACGAGAUGAUGAAGAUGAUGAAGAAGACAUGGAUAUGAUGGUGAUGAUACAGCAGCUGGACACAAGAGCUCAGAACGACAGAACCAUGCUGGGAAAUGCGGAGAGCAAUUUUAAAGCGCAGACAAAAAGCGUUCCCGCCCCAAAGCGUGAGAAAAAAGAUCACACACCAAGUGGAUGCCUUCAAGGUCCCCCGGAGUUUAGAAAGUGCCAGGACGAGAAAACACGGAGGGUGUCGGCUCCAGAGAAGCUGACGUUCAAGGAGCGCCAGCGUCUGUUUUCUCCGCCAUCUAGUGCAUGAACCGAGCUGGACGCUUGGACAACUUGUGUUGAAUCAAAUGUACAAUUUCACAGUCUAAAAUGAUGGCAUUAUGCUGAGUAGCAGCAAACACUUGAUGUUAGUAUCAUUAGUAGCAGGGGUGUCCAAAGCAAAAUAGAAAAAAAUGGCCAUUUUGCCAAGAAUAAAGACAAAAAUUAUGAAGAAAAAAGUUGGAAAACUGGAAAGUACCAGAAAGUUAGCCAGGUUACCAGAAAGUUAACCGGACCAGAAACUUAGCCGAGGAAGCUAGCUUACCACUUCCACACGGAAUGCGAGGGGAACCUUUUUUUACCCACCCACUCGUCGGCCAUGCCAUGACUCCAUGAAGUGUUAAGGUAAUGUAAUGUAAGGUAAUGUCUCAUUCAUUCAUUUUCUACCGCUUAUCCUCAUGAGGGUCGCGGGGGUGCUGGAGCCUAUCCCAGCUGUCUUGGGGCAAGAGGCGAGGUACACCCUGGACUGGUGGCCAGCCAAUCCCAGGGCACAUAUAGACAAACAACCAUUCACACUCACAUUCAUACCUAUGGACAAUUUGGAGUGGCUAAUUAACCUAGCAUGUUUUUGGAAUGUGGGAGGAAACCGGAGUACCCGGAGAAAACCCACGCAUGCACGGGGAGAACAUGCAAACUCCACACAGAGAUGGCCGAGGGUGGGAUUGAACUGCAGUCUCCUAGCUGUGAGGUCUGAGCGCUAACCACUCGACCGCUGUGCAGCUUGGUCAUGUCUCAAUGUUGUGUCAUUACUGCCACCUAGUGACGAGAAUAUUAAAUAACACUUGUGUUUCUAUAUGUUUUGAAUAAUAGAAGAUCAUAGGUCAGACUGCAAAACUGCGAGGGACAAAAAUGCUGCAAAUUUGCAUCCUUUCAUUUUUCAGGAAGACCUUUGGACCCCCCUGCCUUGUACAGAAAGUUCACCUUUUUGAUGUAGUCUCGUACACCUUAUGAUUAAAAAUGUGUUUUCAACAUCAUCACCUAUUUGACGCGUUGAUAAAAUUGCACCACCGCCUUCUCCUGCUCGUGGGUUUCUAUGGAGCCCUUGCGGAGUCUGCGGAUCUCGUCGAUGGCCUCAAUGCCGGACAUCUUCCUGGUCUUGACCAGGUAGCAGGCCAGCAUGGUCCCAGUUCUGCCAUGGCCGUGCAUGCAGUGGACGGCCACGCCCUGGCCGGGAAUAACGUACGUUAGUGAUGGAUUAUGUGACAGCACAAACGCCAGCGGGAAUCUUGACGGGAAGACGCUGGGAAUGGCUCACUUUGGAGCGCCAUCGGACACACACGCCCCCCCAAACUAUUUAAUGGUGUAUUGGUGAAACAAGGCGCUGUUGGUCCAGUCCCAACAUAUUGCCGUGACAACGAAAUAUCAGGUUUUGGGCUGUAAUAUCCAGCCUAAAGCGCUGGCAAGGAAAUAAAACCAUAAUAAUGACAUUUAUUAUAAUCAAAUAAUAAAAACGAUGUA